AUGCCGCCCAAAGUUAAAGAAGGGUUGGAGGAAUGGAGAGAACAGUGUCUAACUAUGACAGUCUCAAUAAAAGAGGAGGAGGAAGUUGUUUUGGGAGUGAAAAAGGAGGAGGUUGAAGGAGAGGAAGUGGAGACUGGAGAUCUGAUUGACACUAGAGAGAGACCAGACUCUCACUCUGACAGCGGGAAGAGUCCUUCAGGGGAACCAGACCUAGCGACACCCAAACCAGCGAGUCGGCAUCACUGCUCCCACUGUGGAAAGAGUUUUAGCUGGUUAGGGUACCUAAAACGACAUGAGAGAAAACACACAGGAGAAAAGCCUUUCCAAUGUUCCCACUGUGGAAAGAGAUUUACCUGGUUAGGAAGCCUAAGGGAACACAAGAGAAUACACUCUGGAGAGAAACCUUACCACUGUUCCCAAUGUGGAAUGACUUUUGCCUGGUUAGGGAGCCUGAAAACGCAUGAGAGGUCACACACAGGGGAAAAACCUUUCCAAUGUUCCCAGUGUGGAAAGAGUUUUACCCAGUUAGGGAGCCUGAAGGAGCAUGAGAAGAUACACACAGGAGAAAAGCCUUUCCAAUGUUCCCAGUGUGGAAAGAGUUUUACCCAGUUAGGGAGCCUGAAGGAGCAUGAGAAGAUACACACAGGGGAAAAACCUUUCCAAUGCUCCCUUUGUGGAAAGAGUUUUACCCGCUUAGGGAACCUAAAAGAGCAUGAGACAAUACAUACACAAGAAAAGCCCUACCAAUGCUCCCUGUGCGGAAAGCGUUUUACCAAGUUAGGGGCCUUGAAUAGGCAUGACAGGACACACACAGGAGGGGAUAAGACCUACCACUGCUCCCUGUGUGGAAAGACAUUUAACCGAUUAAGACAUCUGAAUAAGCAUGAAAGAAUACAUACACAGGAGGAGAAGACUUACCACUGCUCUCACUGUGGAAAGACAUUUUCCCAGUCAGAGGACCUGAAAGCACAUGAGAGAAUAGAGAGGCUGUGUUCUGACUUGUGUUUUUGACUGAGAAUUUAGGUUUUUGUUCAUGCCAAAUGAAAUCCUAUUGUUUAUAUGAAAUCAUUAACAAAAUAGACCUUUGUUUUAGUUCUAUCUGUAGACCUGAUCAUGUCAAAAUCAGAUUAAAUACAAUUUGUAUUCUGAUUUGAUUAUGAGCUUUAAUGAUACAACUAUAACCCUCUGUUGUUCAUUACAUUUGGGGAUAUUAUUAUAUAGAUGAAUGGAGUUUUGGAUUUCUUGAUUUUAACGUUUAUCCUCUUGAAUUUGAUUUGAAUCUGGCUUUUCACUAAAUUAAUUUGAUUACAUGAUUUAGAUAUUGCACCAUGUAAAUAUUGAAUAGAUUAAUAGAAUGUGCAUUUCUUGAUUUUGAACUUUGAAACCUCUUGAAUUAGUGUUUUUGUUUCAUUGAGUUAAUUUGUUUACUAGUCGUCAAGCUAAAGGACUUAGAAUGUUGAUGUGUUUUAUAAUAAAGUUGUUGACAUGAAAAACAUGAUGUUCCAUCAAUGUUAUUCCACUAUGUAGAAGCAGUAUAGAGCUAGUUGUUUAUUUUGAUAUUAUCUGUUGAAUCAGAAUUGCGUUGAAUACAGAUGUGUAGUAGAUGUGAAGUUUAUUUAAAUUCUCUCAUCAAAUAAUUGAUCAACCAAAGCUUCUCUUUUGUAAGUCUCAAUAUAAUAUUAAACUUUUGAAACAAAUGAAAAAUAAACUUGGUCUGAAAAUCAAAUAUUUUCCUCAACUGUGUUACCCACUUCAGUCAGCGAUGUGCAUCUUUCAGGCGAUGUUUCUAGCGUGAUAUAUGAUCUAGUGUACCGGACAUUCUUUGUAAAAAAAAGAAUAAAAAAAAUAUGAAAUAAA